AUGGAUAAAAGGUUUCUAAAACAGAUUAACUCUCAACUUGCUGCUUCUGCUUAAUAAGAAGUUAGAGAUAGAGCUCUGCAAUUGUUGAUAAAAAUUCUGAUUCAAGAAAAGUAAUGGAUAAACGAUCCAAUCAAGGACUUGAGAGCGAUCUGGGAAGGCUUGUUCUUUUUAUUCUGGCACUCAGACAAGCUCCAAUAUCAAAGAGACGUUGCAGAGAAGACGUCAAAAAUAUUCGCUGAAUUAGGUAAUACAGUAGGUGUUGAGAAGUAAAAGUUGUGGUUUGAGGCGUUUAUUUACAUCUUCAAUUUGCAUUGGGACAAGGUCGAUAACUACAGAAUAGACAAAUAUCUCAUGUUCCUUAGAUUCUAGAUAUUUGAAGUGUUGAGUAUGCUUAAGAAAAACGAAUAUCCUAAAGAAGAUAUGGAAUGGUUCAAGUCUAUUGUUCAAAAUUUGUUCAUGGAAGAAACUAUCAUUAGCAAGGGAAUUCCACUACAAAUUUGUGAUAUAUUCCUCCAAGAACUUAAUAGAUCAGAUUCUUUGAACAUUUCACUUACUAACUUGGGCUCAAUCUUAGAGCCUUUCCUAUAUGCUGUUGCUAACUGCAGAAACAAGAUAUUAGUUAAUAGAAUUGUUGAGAGAGUGCUAGAACCUCUGCUUGAAAAUAAUGUUACUGUUUAAGAAACAUCAGAUAGUGAAGAAGAGGAGGAGAUUACUAAUUAUGAUCCAAAGCUUGGCAAAUAUAUAGAUGGAGGUAAAUUAAAUCCAAAAACCUAAAGAGAGAUAUAAAAGAUGAUUGAUCAGAAAUUUGUUUUUCCUAGCUUUAAUAUUCUACUCUAUGCUUAAGAUCAAAUCUUCAAAUUCGCAUCAGCAACUACUACUAGAGACGAAAACAGAGAUUUACUUUACAGACUAUAUGAUUAAGCAUUGAAACUCGAGCCAGAACCAGCAAAGAAAGAACUUACUUUCUCUCAAAGAAUGCUUAUCAAUCGCGCAAGAGCAUUCAUUACUAAGAAAAUGGAGAGACGAAUGCGCGUUCACUAAUAGAAGAGAACUAAAAAGAUGAUGUAUAAGCUAGGAAAUCUAAUUCAAACUUAGAUCAUGUCCUAAUAAUAAUUAGAUGAAAUACGCGAGGAAGCCAAUGAUUUGAAGAAUGGAGAUGAGAGUAAUAUUUUGCAUGGUUUCAAUGAAAAGUAGCAACUAAUAGAUAUACUUUAACAGCAACUAAAUAAAAAUGUACCUUAAGGAUAGUAGAUAAAGGUAUUGAGCGUUGGAAGCGCAAAUGGAGUAAAUAAUGGUUUGAAUGGUCUAAACGGUCACAACAGUAAGAAUGGGAAUGAAAAAAAUAAUCAAAUAAAGCAGUAAUAGAUAGAAGAUCUAGACUUAAGUGAUGAAGAUUUAGUAAUGAAUAUUGCUAGCAAUGGAUAGAAGAAAAAUAAAAAGAAAAACAAAAAAAGAAAUAGAGAACACAUUGAACAGAAAUCAGAGUCGAAAAAUGAAAAAGAAAACAGCCAGCCAAAGAAAAGGGUAAAGUUUGAUCUGGGGUAAUCUAAGACAAGAGAAUUCUUCUCAUAUGGUAAGGUAUCAACAUAAAAAAUGCCAGACAGUAGAAUUAGAUCACCAAGCAAAGCAGCCAUAAAAUUAAAGAGUGCUUUAAAUAAAAAGUGA